UGGCAGAGAGGGGUGGAGGACACUGAGUGGAGGCCAGUGGAGGGAUUGGCAGAGAGGGGUGGAGGACACUGAGUGGAGGCCAGUGGAGGGAUUGGCAGAGAGGGGUGGAGGACACUGAGUGGAGGCCAGUGGAGGGAUUGGCAGAGAGGGUGGAGGCCAGUGGAGGGAUUGGCAGAGGGGGGUGGAGGACACUGAAUGGAGGCCAGUGGAGGGAAUGACAGAGGGGGGUGGAGGACACUGAGUGGAGGCCAGUGGAGGGAUUGGCAGAGAGGGGUGGAGGACACUGAGUGGAGGCCAGUGGAGGGAUUGACAGAGAGGGGUGGAGGACACUGAGUGGAGGCCA